AUGGAACAGAAUUUUUUCGCCGCCCGGUUUUCUUCGGCUACCGUUUUAAACCAUCGGCUUCGCGGCAAUUUUAUUGGGCCGCAUUAUGGUUUGAACAAUUUAACGCCUAUUAAAGCCCUUUAA